AUGGGAGAACGAUCACAGGAGAAUGCCAAAGAGGUGGCCCAGAAUUAUUCGAAGGAGCAAACCGAUCCGUUGGCAUCGCACAAGAACCCGGAGUCCAGACCGGGAGUCACCUUCGCAGCUCAGGACAAGCUGCCAAAGUUGCCCAUCCCGGACCUUGAACAGACUUGCAAACGAUAUCUUGAGUCUGUGGAUCCUCUUCAGAAUGCACGUGAACAUGCCGACAGUGAGCGUGCCGUUCGGGAAUUCCUCCGAACAGAUGGCCCACAGCUUCAGGAGAAGCUCAAAGAGUAUUCCGCCAACAAGAGCAACUACAUCGAGCAGUUCUGGUACGAUUCAUAUCUAAACUUUGACAACCCUGUUGUGCUUAAUUUGAAUCCAUUUUUCUUGCUUGAGGACGAUCCAACACCAGCACGUAACAACCAGGUCACGAGAGCCGCUUCGCUUGUCGUGUCGGCACUUUCAUUCGCACGUGCCGUCAGGAAAGAAGAGCUACCUCCGGACAUGAUCCGUGGUCAGCCUUUGGACAUGUACCAGUACUCUCGACUGUUUGGCACCGCCCGUAUACCGACCGAUAGCGGUUGUCAGAUCGGCCAGGACCCAACUGCGAAGCACAUCGUCGUGCUCUGCCGUGGACAAUUCUAUUGGUUCGAUGCCCUCGAUGACAACAACGACCUCAUCAUGACCGAGAAGGACGUGGCUCUGAAUCUUCAAGUCAUUACAGAGGAUGCCGAGCAGACUCCAAUCCACAGCCAAGCGAAAGGAGCUCUUGGUGUGCUCAGCACCGAGAACCGGAAGAUUUGGUCCAGCUUGCGAGAUCUCAUUAGCAAGGAUGAAGGCUCCAACAACAGCGACUGCCUCAAUAUUGUCGACUCGGCACUCUUCAUCCUCUGUCUGGACUAUACGGAGCCGAAGACCAGCGCGGAACUAUGCAUGAAUAUGCUAUGCGGUACAUCAGAAAUCGAGCGUGGUGUCCAAGUUGGUACAUGUACGAACCGAUGGUACGACAAGCUUCAGAUCAUUGUUUGCAAGAACGGCAGUGCAGGCAUCAACUUCGAGCAUACUGGUGUUGAUGGACAUACCGUGCUUCGUUUCGCAUCCGACGUCUACACUGAUACAAUUCUUCGAUUCGCACGUACCAUCAACGGCCAGGCACCAUCACUAUGGGCAUCACAGUCUCCCGAUCCAUCGAAACGAGAUCCCAAGAGCUUUGGCGAUGUGAGCACCACACCACACAAGCUGGAGUGGGACAUGGUUUCCGAGCUCACGACCGCCUUACGGUUUGCAGAGACCAGGCUCGCAGAUCUCAUCCAGCAGAAUGAGUUCCAGACUUUAGAAUUCGGCGAGUACGGCAAGAAUUUCAUCACCUCCAUGGGCUUCUCGCCAGACGCCUUCGUGCAAAUGGCAUUCCAGGCCGCAUACUACGGUAUGUACGGUCGGAUCGAGUCCGUCUACGAACCAGCCAUGACCAAAGCAUUCUUCCACGGUCGAACCGAAGCAAUCAGAUCCGCCACACAUGAAAGCGUAGAAUUCGUACGGACCUUCUGGGCAGAGAAUCCUCCGGCGAAAAAAGUCGAAGCGCUCAAAAAAGCUUGCGAAAAACACGCCGCUUUGACCAAAGAAUGUGCCAAAGCCCAAGGCUUCGAUCGACACUUAUACGCCUUGAUGUGUCUCUGGCAACGCCAAGUCGACGGCGAUCCAGAACUCACGGGAGGAAGUACCACCGGCGACGGUGCCAGCACCAACGGCUGGAGUAGUCCCACGUCCGACCGCGACCCCAACAGCAUCGCCGCCUCACCAAAACGCAGCAGCUACACCAGCGAAGACUCGGAAAGUCCCAGCCGACACCGCGAACACGCCAUCCUCCCCACCAUCUUCGCCGACCCGGGCUGGGACAAAAUCAACAACACCAUCCUCUCGACCUCCAACUGCGGAAACCCCUCUCUCCGCCACUUCGGUUUCGGCCCGACUUCCGGCGACGGCUUUGGAAUCGGCUACAUCAUCAAAGACGGCAGCGUCUCCAUUUGCGCGAGUAGCAAACACCGUCAAACGACGAGAUACAUCGCAGCGCUGGAAUCUUAUUUUUUGGAAAUCCGGAGACUUUUACGACAGACGUAUCGACGCGGGACGGCGACGGACAAAAGCGCGAGUCGGGCGCGAGAGGCCGAGGAUUUGAAGCCGCAUCGAGGGCAUAGGUUGAAGAGUCGGGGGAGGAUGGUGGAUGGGGGGAGUGCGGGGAAAGAUGGCUUCUUUGAUGCAGGCAUGCUGUUACAAGCACUCAAGGCGAAAGAUGAGGCUGCGGAGAGACCUAGUGAGAAAGCGCAGCAGAGGAGAGAAGUUGGGAAGAAGUUGCGGCUGAUGGAAUAUUGA